CGAUUCCGAUCUCACCCUCAUCGAUCCGAAGGAGUAUUUUGAGAUUACAUGGGCAAGUUUAAGGUCAAUGGUGGAGCCAUCUUUUGCUGAAAGAUCAGUGAUAAACCACAAGAAGUAUUUACAAAACGGUCGUGUUGUGACUUCUCCAGCUGUUAAUAUCACAGACACUGAUGUUGUUACCGCUGAUGGGCUUGUCUUUGGUUAUGAUUACCUUGUCAUUGCUACUGGUCACAAUGAUGUGCUUCCCAAAACUAGGCAAGAGAAGCUUUCUCAAUACCAAGCAGAGUAUGAGAAGAUCAAGUCCUCUGAGUCGAUUCUGAUUGUUGGUGGAGGCCCGUCGGGUGUGGAGCUUGCUGCGGAAAUAGCUGUUGAUUUCCCAGAGAAGAAGGUUACUAUUGUACACAAUGGACCGAGAUUGCUGGAGUUUGUUGGCCAAAAAGCUGCAGACAAGGCAUUGGAUUGGAUGAAAUCCAAGAGAGUUGAAGUGCUAUUGAACCAAAGGGUUGAUUUGAAAUCAGCUUCGGACGGAAAUAAAACAUACAAAACAUCAGGAGGUGAAACGAUACACGCAGAUUGCCACUUCCUUUGCAUUGGAAAACCUUUGUCUUCAGAAUGGCUUAAGGGAACUCUUCUGAAAGAUAACUUGGAUGGCAAAGGAAGGCUGAUGGUUGAUGAGUACUUGAGAGUUAAGGGUCGCAAGAAUGUAUUCGCAAUUGGUGAUAUUACUGAUGUCCCGGAGAUGAAACAAGGCUACAUUGCUGAGAAACACGCCUCUGUGGCUACAAAGAACAUAAAGCUGUUGAUGUCUGGUGGGAACGAGAAGAAGAUGUCGAGUUACAAGCCUGGUCCAGAUAUUGCCAUAAUAUCUUUAGGAAGAAAGGAAUCAGUGGCUCAGUUCCCAUUCUUGACAAUCUCGGGUUGCGUUCCUGGUUUGAUCAAAUCCAAGGAUCUGUUUGUGGGGAAGACGAGGAAGGCGAGAGGGUUGGAUCCUAAUGUUGUGGAGCCUUGAAAGAUUGUGUUUAUCAGUUUUAAGUUUCUUCAUGAGAUUCUUGUGCAGACGCUUUGGUCUUCUUUUUCAUUUCAUGUUUGCUGUGUGUUGAUUUGGUUUAGUCCUUUUUUCUUGGUUUUCACAGGAGAGGGUUUUGGUGUGAUUUUGUGUCGUAUACUGAAUUUGUGCAUCUUAAUUUGGCCACACUACUUUGUAUCAGUGAUACUACAGAGUACAAAUUGAUAAAGCAUUCAAGAAAAUGAGACUA